AUGGCCCAAGUUCCGGUGCAGACGAUUCACCGGGAUCCCCAGUUGUUUUACUGGAUUCUGUUCCCAAUUACCGUUGUCAUGAUCUUGACCGGUAUCCUGCGACACUACGCAACUGUGUUGCUCGCAAAUCCACCCAAGAAGCUCGAUAAGCCGGCGCUCCGGGAGCAGCGCGCGAUGAUGCAUGGUGUUGGCGUUCGCACCAACCACCACGUUCUCUCCAAGAAGUCGUUCGAGGCACGCCGUGAUACGCUUGUCGCCGCCUACGAGUCCGGCGCAUAUCUCAAGGAUCCUGACCGUCAGGGCCAGCCACCUGCGAACCCGCUCACGGAUCCUGGUGCGAUGGACGGCAUGAUGGGCAUGAUGAAGAACAACAUGGCUAUGAUCAUCCCCAACACGCUUAUCAUGAGCUGGAUCAACGCUUUCUUCAGUGGAUACGUCAUUAUGAAACUGCCGUUUCCCAUUACCAUCAAAUUCAAGAGCAUGCUACAGGCUGGUGUCGCGACCAAGGAUAUGGACCCCCGGUGGAUGUCCAGCAUCAGCUGGUACUUCCUCUGCAUCUUUGGUCUGCAGUCUGUCUUCAAUUUCAUCUUAGGAAGUGACAAUGCUGCUAGCCAGAUGGCCCAACAGAUGGGUCAGAUGGGAGGUGCCCAAGCGGCUCCGCAAAUGUUUGGCCCUGGUGUCGACCCUGACAAGCAAUUCAAGGGUGAGGCUGAGAAUAUUGCUGUCGUUGACCACUACUCUGUUUUGGAUGAAGUGGAGCAAAGGCUGCUCUCGGGUAUCAAGUCAUAG